AUGCCAAUUACUAUUCCCAUGGCUAAAGAAGAAUGGACACCAGAAGCAUCAAAACUACGACGUAGUUCAAUUGUUCGAGAAUUUGCUUUGAGUACAUCCACUCAUGGUUUACCUGGUAUUGCACGUAGUCAAAGUAAACACAAUUGUAUCUUUUGGACUUUAUCAUUUCUCAUUUUUACUGGUGUUAUGAUCUAUUUUGUGACUGAAUCGAUUCAAAACUAUUUUCAAUAUCCAACACAAACAUCAGUAUCCGUUGUUGUUGAACAAUCACAAACAUUUCCGGCAGUUACCAUUUGUAAUUAUUCACCUCUUCGUUAUGAUACUUUUAUUUCACCUUUUUUAAAUUAUACAAAUUCAAUUAAUGUAACCAAUACAAAUGAUACAACAAUAUUUACUGGAGAACAAGCUAAUGAAAUUUAUAAUUUUUUACGAGAUAAACUCCAUGCAAAUGAAUCAAUGGAUGAAUAUUUAUUUUCUCUUGAAUUCAUGCUAAUAGAAUGUUUAUACAAUAAUCAGAAAUGUACAACAGACGAUUUCACUUUUUUUUUGUCGUCUAAACAUGGUUUUUGCUAUACAUUUAAUGCAAAAAUAAAAGAUAUCAAAAAAAGUAAGAUUCGACAAACCAAUGAUGGUGGAGGCUCAGGAAAGCUUAUAUUACGUCUCUAUGCACACAGUGAUCUGUAUGUUCCACAUGUUGCAAGAGAUGUAACUGUUGGAAUGGUUGCUAUGAUUCAUGACAAUACACAAUUACCACUUAUUGAUGUAGCUGGCAUUGAACUUACACCAGGACGAAAACAUAAACUUGGUUACAAGAAAAAACAAAUCAACUUUUUAUCUUCACCAUAUACAGAAUGUACAAAUCAAGUACCUCUUGUAAUGCAGGCAAUGUACAAUCGAUAUGGAGGCGCUGAUUAUGCAUAUUCACAAGGUGUGUGUUAUUUACUUUGUAUUCAAGCAUAUAUUUAUGAACAAUGUGGAUGUAUAAAUCCAGAAGAAUGGUCAGCUCGAUCAGUUGUUUUGCCUGAUAAAAAAACAAUUCUUGAAGCACAACUUUGUCAGUUUGCUAACAAAUGCUAUUCGAAUGCUACUAAUAGAAUUUCAAGCACAAUAUCAAUUUGGAAUCAGUUUUGUUCACAUUGCACUCAAGGGUGUUCCACUGUUGAUUUUAUAAUUACAAAAUCUUCAGCAUCAGCGCCAUCUAUAGAAUAUGCGUAUAUGGCUAAAAAGCUUGUUGAAUCUCGCCGUAAUGUAACACCUACAGACUGGUUAACGAAUUGGUUAUCAGAAGUUCAAAAUAAUUAUGUUGGACUAGAAGUUGUAUGUCAAUCAACUGAAGUAGAAAAUUACACACAGGAAGCAUCCGUUGGCCCAGUUGACGUUCUUUCAAACGUCGGUGGUCAUACAGGAUUAUGGAUUGGAAUUAGUUUCUUAUCAAUAAUGGAGUUCAUUGAAAUGCUUUAUCGUGUUCUUCGAUAUCAAUGUCAUGCUACUAAACAAAUGAUACAAAACAAAAUAAGAAGAAGACAAUAA